GAUAAGUUCUAAGAUGCAAUUGUUCCACAAUCAUACCAAUCAGAUAUCAAGUAUAUCUGUAAUGUCAAACCGGUCAAACCUCAAAAGGAAUUUAAGUUCACUAGUAAAUAGUAACAAAGUAAUGUUUAAUUUAUCUAAUACAGUAGCACUUAUAACAGGCGGAGCCUCUGGAAUAGGACUUGCUACCGCAAAGACCUUUUUAAAGGAAAACAUUAAGGGCUUAUGUAUAGUAGACAUAAAUGAGAAUCUCGGUCAGAUAGCUCUGAAUGAACUUAUAAAAUCUUUUGGCGAUAGGGUGAUAUUUGUAAAAGCUGAUACAUCAAAUAGAAGCCAAUUUGAUGUUGGAAUUAUUAUUACAGAAGCUUUCCGAAUAACCAUAGAUAGUUUUGGAAGUUUGGACGUGGUUUUUAAUAAUGCAGGAAUUUUUGAUGAUAAACAUUGGGAAAAAGAAAUUUCAAUUAAUAUAUGUGGUACACUUCAUGGUACUAUGCUCGCUGUAGACGAAUAUCUACCAAAGUACAAAAGUGGAAAUGAGGCUGUUGUAGUAAAUAUGUCUUCUAUAUGCGGUUUGGAUGCUUUUGGCUGUGCUCCAGUCUACACUGCUACUAAGCAUGCUAUUAUUGGCUUAAGUCGCUCUUUUGGAAAAGAAAGUCAUUAUAAUAGAACUAAAGUAAGAGUUAUAACCAUAUGUCCUGGCACUACGGAUACUCCCAUGACUGUGGGAGGUUUGGAUAGAAAUUUAGGGCCUGCUUACAGGGACUUGGAGACCGAGUUUGAUCAAUAUCCAAGACAAAGUGCAGAUGUUGCUGCAGAUGCUGUUAAAACAUUGAUAGGAACUGCGUCGACUGGUUCAGUGUGGGUUAUUGAAGGAGGUGACUUAUACGAGGUUGAAAUACUAGAGAGACAAAGUCGAAGAAGAAAAUGAAUAUACUUGUAAGAAAAAACUAUUUUUUUUUAUACUCAGGGAAAAUGCAGCAUCUUUGAGUAAUAAUGAUCUUAUUACUUAACUAGUUACAUGUACUUUUACAACAGUAAGGCAGAAACAAUUGGAAAAUCUUUUAUUAAUGUAUAAACAGCUUACCGAAUACAAUGAAAUCAGCUAAU